CGCCACUUCAAGUUUCUUACGCAAGAAUCCGGUACGAGCAUGUUGCCAAUUAGCGAAAUGCAGCUGGUAGUUUUCGCGGUGGUGCUCAUUCUACCAGCAUUUCAAAGUGUGGGCUUUUUGUCUGGUUACGAUAUCGGCGAUAGCUGCAUGGAUAUUCUUAUUGAGAGCGGAGGUAUACAGUGCCUUCUUGAGGGAUCUGGUCAUUUAAACAAUUAUGAUCCUAUAUCCUGCGAAUUGGAAUGUUCUGGACCCAAAAGGCCUAAGGUGCCGCCUGGGGUUUGCUCCGGCGAUGUGGUGAACUGCACUUCAAGCACAAGAGAACACCUGCGUAAUUGGCACCAAGACUUGGAGGGUGCACUGUCCGGAGUUUUGUUGGCAAAGUGCCCAUCGUAUUCAAAUAUGUAA